ACGUAGAGAUAAAGAACUGUUGUUCAAAACAAAUGAUAAGCCUGGUGUAAAAAAGUUAAAUACUCUGAUAAAACUGGAAAUGAAAAGACUAAGUGUUUUAUAUAAUCAAAGAUUUUUGUCAUGUAAAACCCCUUCUAAUUUAUGGAAACUUUUCAAAGAAAUUACUAACGGUAAGCGAUGUAUUUCUGUUCCAUCUCUUAAUGUUGACACUCUUAAUAAAUCUUUCAUACGCUCUUCUGUUGAUACCCUUCCAAAUGAUACAAAUCAUAUUGACAAUAACUUUAGUGGUUUUAAUACCCUUGAUGUGCUUAAAUGUCUCCGGUCUCUUAAGCCUUCUCAAAGCCUUGGUCCUGACGGCAUACCUGCCAUUGUCCUCAGGAAUUGUGCUGAUAUUUUGUGUUAUCCUCUUACUAACAUUUUUAAUGCUUCUUUUUCCGGUAACGUUCUACCUUUUGCAUGGAAAAACAUUAAAAUUAUCCCUAUACCAAAACCAUCUUCUGGUUCUGAUAUUAAAUUUCGGCCUAUUGCAAUUACUUCUCCCUUUUUAAAAUUGAUGGAAAAAUUACUUUUACUUCGUCUUGAACCCUCAUUGAAACCUUUUAAUGAUCCUAAACAAUUUGCAUACAAACAUGGUAGAAGUACCUUGGAUGCUGCGGUUGUCUUAUAUCACAAUGUUGUCUCUUGUUUAGACAAAGGUGCUAAAUAUGUUCGUAGUGCUUUCUUAGACUACACAUCUGCUUUUGACUCUGUACCUAGGGGCCUUUUGUUAAAUAAGCUAUCGUUGACACAAACAGGAUCCUGGGCUAAGAGUUGGUUGCAUUCCUAUUUUUCUGAUAGAAUGCAGUAUACUGUAUAUAACGGCAAAUCUUCUUCUACCUCGCUUACAAAAUCCGGUGUUCCACAAGGUGCUGUCCUCUCUCCUUUUCUUUUUUCUUUCUUCCUACAUGACCUGCCUCAUUCAAACGAAACUAACUUUGUCAAAUAUGCAGAUGAUCUGACUGUAUCACUGCCUAUCACUUCCGAGUCUGACAGCUCCAAACUUAAUAGCUUUCUGUUGGACAUCAACAACUGGUCCAAGUCAAAUGGUCUUAUAUUAAAUCCUUCCAAAUGUCAGGCUUGA